AUGAGAGCACCCAGAAUGUUCCCAUCGGCGGUGCUGCCACCUCUGCUGUUACUAUUGCUGGUUUCAAUCCCUCGGUCACUGAGCUUGGACCCUUUUGGCUUCUCCCCUGGCAGUUCUCCAACGACGGAGCAGCCCCAGACCCAAAAGCAGCAGCCCGGACAGCAGCAGCCUCAGCAGCAACGCGAGCCACUUAGCUACUCCCGGCUCCAGAGGAAGAGCCUGGCUGUGGACUUCAUUGUACCCUCGCUAUUCAGGAUCUAUGCCCGGGACCUGCUACUGUUACUUCCAUCGACACCGGGUACCAGCCUACCCGAGGCGCGUAGUUCCCUGGCGCUGGACUGCUCACCUCUGCUGCUGCUGCUUCUGAGGCGUCAGGGUGCCUCCAGGACCGCUGCUCUGCCCCACCUACCACCCGGAGGACGAGUACUGUCCAAGGUCCUGAAGGGUGGCUCUGUGAGGAAGCUCCGCAGGGCCAAGCAGCUGGUGCUGGAAGUGGGCGAGGAGGCGAUCCUGGAGGGCUGCACGGGGACCUCCUCUAGUCCUCCGGAACAGGCGGCUGUGGCCACGGCAGGGAUGCUAGAGUUCAACCUCACAGAGAUGUUCAGUUGGUGGGUUCGCCACGGGGAAGGGCGGCUGCGGAUCCGCCUGAUGCCGGAGAAGAAGGACUCUUUGCCAGGCAGAGAAGUAAGACUGUCUGCAGCAAUAAGAGCCUCCCAGCCUCGUCUACUUUUCCAAAUCAUAAGGAAGGCUCCAAGCUCCCUGGAAUCUUCUACAAAGGUCCCUGCUCUCACUCCAGAACCCUUUAUCUGGAACCUAACAUGGAUCAUGAAAGACUCUCCCCCUUUCCUUUCUCAACGUAGCCGCUAUGGUUUCGAGUGCAACUUUGAUUUUCCCUGUGAGCUGGAGUAUUCACCACCGCUGCAGGAAGACAGAAACCACUACUGGUCUUGGCGCCACAUCACUUCUGAGGAGGCUUCCCAAAUGAACCUGUUCAGUGGUGGCCCUGUGCUGAUUCAUUCUGAGGAGAUGCCCAAAGGUUCUUUCCUUCUCCUCAACACAUCUGAAAACACCAAACAUACCAUUCUGAGCCCUUGGAUGAGGAGCAACAGUGAGCACUGCACCAUGGAAGUGUCCGUAUACAGGGACCUCCAAACCUCUGGGAGAUACAUGGCUCAACUUCUACCACACAAUGAAGCUAGGAGAGAGAUCUUGCUGGUUCCAAAUCCAGAGACACAUGGCUGGACAGUGCUCCAUGGCAGAAUUGGAUACCUGCAGAGUCCCUUCCGGGUCUCCUUGGAAUACAUCUCAAGUGCCAACGGGAGCCUAUCUCUGGUAGAUUCUUUGUCUCUGAAGAACUGCAGUGAAGGGAUGCCACCUAUCUCCAAAAUGGCCCUGAAGAGCUCCUUCACCUGCUGGAAUGGCACAACCAUCCACCUGGGCCAGGCUUGCAACUUUCAGAGAGACUGCUCUGAGGGCGAAGACGAGGGAGAAUUAUGCGAAAAACUCCCAGCUGGAUUUUAUUGUGACUUUGAGGAUGGAGACUGUGGCUGGAUUCAGGGCAUGGCCAUGCCCCAUACUCCCCAGUGGCAGGUUGGGAUCUUGGAGGAUGCCCCAUUUCCAAAUCACCAAGGCUAUGCAAUGCUGUUUAACACUAGCAAGGCUAGCCCAGCAGAAACUGUGGUACUGACCAGCAACAUGUUUCCUGCACCAAUGAAGAACUCUCCUUGUGAGCUCCAAUUCUCAUGGCUCAUCCAUGGAGUCUUGGAAGGAAACAUUACCCUGAUGCUGAUGGAGAACAAAACUGGGAAGGAGCAAAGCCGGACCAUCUGGUACUUCGCCAACAGUGAAGGUUUGGGCAUUUGGCAUCGGAUGGUCUUACCUCUUCCUGAUGCGUCAGACAGACGAGGGAAAUGGCUCGCCCACGGUAACACAGCCAGUCAGCUUGGGAGGAGCCUGGGUCUUAUCUGCCUUCAAAUACAGUGCUCUCUGAACUUCUCCGUGGUACCAGUGGAAGCAGAGAAGAGAUCUUCACGUGAGCUACGGGGCCAGUCUCUUGUUAAGAAGUUUCAUCUAAUAAUCUUCAAGGCUCCCAGAAAGGUUAGCCUGGCUUUUCAGAGCAACGGAAACAAAGCCACUAAUGAAAUUAUCCAGAAGGUUUGCGUUGGAGAGAACAAUGUGAUAGAAGAAGAGAUCCGAGCCAACCAAAGUGUGAAUGAGUGGGCUGGAGGUGGAGGAGGUGGGGGUGGAGCGACCUACAUUUUUAAGAUGAAGAAUGGAAUACCAGUGCCUCUGAUCAUUGCAGCCGGAGGUGGUGGAAGAGCCUAUGGGGCCAAAACAGAUACAUUCCAUCCAGAAAGACUGGAAAAUAACUCCUCUGUUCUAGGUCUGAAUGGCAUUUCUGGAGCCGCAGGUGGUGGAGGUGGCUGGAAUGAUAACACUUCCUUGCUUUGGUCGGGAAAAUCUUUGCUGGAAGGUGCUACAGGAGGACAUUCCUGCCCCCAGGCCAUGAAGAAGUGGGGGUGGGAGACAAGAGGGGGUUUCGGAGGGGGUGGAGGGGGGUGCUCCUCAGGUGGAGGAGGCGGAGGAUACAUAGGGGGUAAUGCAGCAGUGAACAAUGACCCCGAAGUGGAUGGGGAGGAUGGGGUCUCCUUCAUCAGUCCAUUGGGCAUCCUGUAUACCCCGGCUCUGAAAGUGAUGGAGGGCCACGGGGAGGUGAACAUCAAGCUUUAUUUGAACUGCAGCCAUUGUGAGGUGGAUGAGUGCCACAUUGACCCGGAGAGCCACAAAGUUAUCUGUUUCUGUGAGCAUGGCACAGUGCUGGCUGAAGAUGGGGUCUCUUGCAUAGUGUCACCCACCUCUGAGCCUCACCUGCCUCUCUCUCUGAUACUGUCUGUUGUGACCUCUGCCCUGGUGGCUGCCCUGAUCCUGGCAUUCUCGGGCAUCAUGAUUGUGUACCGCAGGAAGCAUCAGGAACUCCAGGCGAUGCAGAUGGAACUGCAGAGCCCCGAGUACAAGCUGAGCAAACUGAGAACCUCAACCAUCAUGACUGACUAUAACCCCAACUACUGUUUUGCCGGCAAAACCACAUCCAUCAGUGACCUCAAGGAGGUACCUCGGAAAAACAUCUCCCUCAUUCGGGGUCUGGGCCAUGGUGCCUUUGGGGAGGUGUAUGAAGGACAAGUGUCUGGAAGCCCCAGUGACCCCAGCCCCCUACAGGUGGCAGUUAAGACGCUUCCAGAGGUGUGUUCGGAACAGGACGAGCUGGAUUUCCUCAUGGAAGCAUUGAUCAUUAGCAAAUUCAACCACCAGAACAUUGUUCGCUGUAUUGGGGUGAGCCUGCAGGCCCUGCCCCGAUUUAUCCUCCUAGAGCUGAUGGCUGGAGGAGACCUCAAAUCCUUCCUUCGGGAGACUCGCCCUCGCCCGAACCAGCCCUCCUCCCUGGCUAUGCUGGACCUGCUGCACAUAGCUCGUGACAUUGCCUGUGGCUGUCAGUACUUGGAAGAAAACCACUUCAUUCACCGGGAUAUUGCUGCUAGAAACUGUCUCUUGACCUGCGCUGGACCAGGCAGAGUGGCCAAAAUCGGAGACUUUGGAAUGGCUCGAGACAUCUACAGAGCAAGCUACUACAGGAAGGGAGGAUGUGCCAUGCUUCCAGUCAAGUGGAUGCCCCCAGAGGCCUUCAUGGAGGGGAUAUUUACAUCCAAAACGGAUACGUGGUCCUUCGGUGUGCUUCUGUGGGAAAUAUUCUCCCUUGGAUACAUGCCAUACCCAAGCAAAAGUAAUCAGGAAGUUCUUGAAUUUGUCACCAGUGGAGGACGGAUGGAUCCACCCAAAAAUUGCCCUGGGCCUGUGUACCGGAUCAUGACUCAGUGCUGGCAGCAUCUGCCUGAGGACCGGCCCAAUUUUGCCACCAUCUUAGAGAGGAUUGAAUAUUGUACCCAGGAUCCAGAUGUGGUUAAUACUGCUCUGCCAAUAGAAUAUGGUCCCAUGACUGAAGAGGAAGAGAAGGUGCCCAUGAGGCCAGAAGAUCCUGACAGAAUACCUCCUCUCUUAGUCUGUCCACAGCAAGAGAAAAAAGAGGAUGUGUGUCCACCAUCUGUUCCCCCUCCACUGCCCACCACUUCCUCUGGUAAGCCCUUGAAGAAAGCAAUGGCUCUGGAGCCUCCAGUCCGUGUCACCAGAGGGACACCCGUAGAAGGAGGACAUGUCAACAUGGCAUAUUCUCAGUCUAAUCCACCAACAGAGCUGCACAAAGGGCGUGGAUCAAGAAACAAACCAACCAGUCUUUGGAACCCCACAUAUGGCUCCUGGUUUACAGAGAAAUCUGCAACCAAAAACAAUCCCCUGACAGAGAAGGAGCAGCCCGAGAGGGGUAAAUUGGGGCCAGAAGGACAAUCCACCACAGGGCCACCCAGUGUUGUCCCCGGCAGGCUGCCAGGGUCCUCCCUGCUCUUGGAACCGUCUUCCCUGACUGCUGCCGUGACAGAAGUGCCUCUGUUUAGGCUCCGCCACUUCCCUUGUGGGAACGUCCACUAUGGAUAUCAGCAGCAAGGCUUACCAUUGGAGGCCACCCCAGCAGCUGGCAGUUACGGGGACACCGUUCUUAGAAAUCCGAGUAGCAUGACCCAGCCUGGUCCCUGA